AUGGCAGAAGGUCUUAUCUCCUUGAGACAACAAAGAGAUGAUUUGGAGGAAACAAUAGAGGAUAUAGCACAUGAUUACUUAAGUGAGUUGGUGGAAAGGUGUUUGGUUCAAGUAGGAAGAAGUGGUUCAACUGGGACAAUUAAAGGUUGUCGAAUCCAUGAUCUUGUAAGAGACAUGUGUUUGUUAAAGGCAAAAGAGGAAAGCUUUUUCCAGAUUAAAUGUUCUUUGCAAGAAAAUACUUCUUCUGUGGCAGCCGAGGCAACACAAUUGAGGAAAAUUCGAAGACUUGCAAUUUACUUGGAUGAUGAGAACGCAUAUAGGUUGGUUUCUUCAAGAGAUGAAACAAAUGGGCAUGUAAGGUCUCUAUUAUUCUUUGGCCCAAGAGAAUGGAUGCCAAAAAGUGAAAAAGUAUUAUUAUCUCCGUUGACGAAUUUCAAAGUGCUCAGAGUUUUGAAGGUUGAACGUCUUUGGGAAAGAGAAGUUGAGUUGCCAAGUGAAAUUGGAAAUAUGGUACACUUAAGGUUUCUAAGUGUGAGGUUCAGCCAAAUAAAAACGUUUCCGCGAUCCCUAGGUAAUUUAGUAUGCUUGCAAACUCUUGAUUUUCGUGUUUGGUAUGGCGACAUGGUCAUCCCAAAUGUGAUAAUGAAGAUGAAACAAUUAAGACAUUUAUAUUUACCCAGGGAGUACAGAGCAAAUGGUAAGCUGAAGCUGUCUACUCUUGGCCAUCUACAUACCUUAGAUAGCCUUUCAACUGGGUAUUGUGAUUUGAAAGAUGUUGGUAGAUUAACCAAUCUUAGAAAACUGAAAAUAAGAGUGUCAAACUCUUUGCAAAAUCUGGAAGAAAUCUUAAAAUCUACAGGCAGCACGCUUAACCGUAUCCGGUCUCUAAUUGUGUUUGUGGACAACAAUAGCAGUGAAGGGCAAGCUAUGCAAAUAGUAUCAAGUUGUCGGGGUAUAUACAAAUUGAGGUUGGAAGGGCCAAUCGCAGAAUUACUGAAAGAGCUCCACAACUAUCCAAACCUCACCAAAGUGGAGAGUAGAGGAAGGAGCCAUGCCUCGUCUCUGUCGAUUGAGGACGCUUCCAUAUGGGCUAAGAUAUCUUACUAA